GCUGGUGUACCUAGUAGUAACGCCCGGUUCCUAGGAGAAGCAUCAUUCUCUCCAGGCUUCCCGAGGUUCAUUUCUUUUGGCUUUCACGGCCUGUGUCUAUCCUUCUGAUUGACCUGUUUUUCUGGACCUCUGGAACCGCAUUAUGUGUUGAUUUUCUUUCGUCUUCCCCACGCUCUCUUAUUUUAACUACUUCUGUACUCCUUUUAAUCCGUCUGCCUUCCCUCCUUCUAGCACCGCACCGUUCCUCUCUUUGUGGGUAAUCUCCAACCAUGGCUCCUCCUAUUCUUCCAUUCCGUGAUAUCAACUUGCAUGCCUCACCAUCUCAUUAUGCGUUUACCUCGCCAUCUUCUCCGAAUUCCCCGUCGCUGGUAGUGGAACGUCCCACGGGUGACUUGCGCCUCAACGAUGGCACUCUGUCGGGCGCGAAGCGGAUCUCCAGCAUCGCUGGUAUCCUGGGUAUCAUCAAGCUGAAACUAGACAAAUACCUCAUAGUCAUCACCAAAGCUCAGCCCAUGGGGAGGUUACGUGGUCAUAUGGUCUACAAAGUUAUCUCGACCGAGUUCCUGCCUCUUCGCGAACGUCCGCUGCAUGACUACGAUGAAGAUACAUAUCUCGCCCUGUUGAAAGAAUUAAUUCGGACAGGGCCUAUGUACUUCUCAUAUUCCUUGGAUUUGACGAACAGUUUCCAACGUCAAUCGCAAAGUGACCCCAAUAUCCCUCUGUGGAAACGAGCCGACGACCGGUUUUUCUGGAAUCGCUUCAUUCAGUCAGAUCUGAUUGACUUUAGUCUUGGAGAGCAUGACACCACCGGCAUUCGUUAUGGCCCCCAACCAGGAGCUGAUCCAUACAUCCUGCCUGUGAUGUUUGGAAUGCUGCGUAUCACUCCGGCCAAGGUUAAGUCGACUUCGUUUACAUUCGCGCUCAUCACAAGGAGGUCUAGACAUCGUGCUGGCACGAGAUACUUUUCCCGCGGCAUUGACGACCAGGGUCAUGUUUCGAAUUACAAUGAAACAGAACAAAUCGUCAUCUUGAAUGAUACAACAGGGGGGCUGUCUGGCUUUGCUGGAGGACAAUCAAUGAAGGAAAAGGCCAGCGAUCCGGGCCAAGAGCUUCAGGUUCUCGCCUUUGUGCAAACUCGAGGCAGUGUACCCGUAUACUGGGCUGAAGUAAACAACCUCAAGUACACCCCCAAGCUCCAGGUCCGCGGAGUCGAAACUGCCAUUGAUGCCGCGCGCAAACAUUUUGCUGAGCAGAUCGACCUUUACGGAGAGAACUAUAUGGUCAACCUUGUCAACCAAAAAGGGAGGGAAGAGAACGUCAAACGGGCUUACGAGCAUCUGGUUCGCACACUAGUAUCCUCAUCGACUGAGACGACCGAGGCUGAUGAGAAAACCUCUGAAAAGGUGCAUGUUCUAGAGUCGGGCCAGAAGAACAAGGACCUGGAUCGUCUGCAUUAUGUUUACUUUGACUUUCACAACGAAACCAAGGGUCUCAAAUGGCACCGUGCGGAGCUGCUGUUAGAUCGCUUGACCGAUGGGUUGACACGCGGUGGCUAUUUCCGUGGUGUUGAAGCCCCAGGUAUCUCUGGUGGGCAGUUGGAAUCGCGUACAUCCCAGACAAGUGUCGUGCGGACCAACUGCAUGGAUUGUCUGGACCGCACUAAUGUGGUCCAGAGCAUGCUUGGGCGCUGGGCCGUCACUCGGCAGCUUGUUGAUGCAGGAGUCCUUCGCCAAGGAGAAGCUGCAAACGAUGACCGUGAAUUUGAGAAUUUGUUCCGUAACAUAUGGGCCGAUAAUGCAGACGUGGUGUCGAAAUCGUAUUCCGGUACGGGAGCUUUGAAGACAGACUUCACCCGUACUGGUCAGCGCACACGGGCUGGAAUGGUGCAAGAUUUGAGCAACUCCAUCACCAGAUAUCUGCGUAACAACUUUAUGGACGGCCCCAGACAAGAUGGGUUUGAUGUGUUCUUGGGCACCUACCUCCCCCCUGACUCGACGCUGGGUUCAUUCCAGCUCUUCUUUGAUCGGAGACCCAUAAUAAUCCAGUCAAUCCCUUACAUCUUCGCUGCUAGUAUCUUCAUGAUCCUUGUCUCUAUGCUUACGAAGCGAUUGCCUGAUUCGACUGUGUGGCCUCUCCGUUUGUUUGUUAUUUUCUGGAUCGCCGUUUGCGCUUGGUGUGGGCGCUUCAUCCUUGCACAUGGAAUGCUCUACGUGAAUUGGCCAAAGUUGAAUACACCGUCUGCUGGCUCAGAGGGCUACCAGGACGCACUCGGAAAGGCACGUUCAGACCCAGUCAUUGGCCGGUGGCUUCCUGUCAGAAAGCACCAAAGAGGGUACAGUAAUGCUCGGUUGGGCUUCCUAGAGGAAGGAAAGACAAGGAUUGAGUAAUCAUUCCACCUCCUCUAUAUCACUGCUACUUGCUCUUUUUGUCGGCAAUCCAGUGAUGUGUCUUGUUCACUAUUUAUGUCUGUACUUGUACUUUGCAUAAAUCGGCUCUGAAUGCCCAGAUCCUGCUCUUUCUUUCUUCAUUUCUUUUCGUUUCCCAUUGAACUUCUUUUUAUCACCAGACUCAUAAUCCAAUGUUACUUCCAUAUGUCCCAUACCCUUUGCAUUGUCAUGUUCCCUCUGAGAAGCUUUGUUUUUUUUUCACUAGAGUCCAAUAGAGAUAACAUAUUAUGUCGAGCAACCCUGCUAUUCCUACAAUUUAGUGCCCUGUGCAGGGCCUUCCGUGAUGUUGUAUGGUUCACUGUAGCUAGCUGGCUUGGGCUCUUCCUGAACCCCACCGAUCAUACAGCGGUAGAACAUAAUAUGGCUCACCACGGUUACCCUGGUUUUCAUCACCAAUCCAUUGC